CUGUCAUCUUGGAACAGUUUGGGCAGGUGCGGGAUUACGCAGCGUGCGUUUGCCCGAUGCUCUGGCGCCAGAUACAGUUGAUACGCUGUUGAGGGGAUUUGAGGCCAGGGAAUCAGAAUCACUGCUCGCUUUGAAAAAGUGUUACGCUGCAUCUUCUCGGAUAAAAAUCCUACAACAAGAAGAAGCACCUGAUGACUUGCGACCUGAUGGGGAAAUGAUACAGGGACCAGGUGGCGAGGGAGCACAUGAUAAUACGGCAAAACGUACUAAGGGCAUUGCCCAGGGAAAAGGCUACAAAAGUACCGCUGGAGCGCAGAGUUCGAGUAUUUUUUCUUGGGAUUCGACACUCCAAAUCGCAACUGCUGCGCCACAAGCUGGUUACAACAACAUUCAUGGUGGGAGUACUAACGAUCAUAAUGCGGAUUCGCCGUCGUCUCUUGCUGUCAGUGAGAAACAAAAUCAGGCUUCUGGCGUCGAAGAAUGCACUCUGCUUUUCGAGCUCGAGGGUUUGAAGCAGAGGUUUGAGGCGCGGAUCGCGGAGCAGGAGGGUCGCGGACGAGACGCAAACACUUGGGGAAGCUCGAAGCCUAAACGAAAACGGCGAAGCGCGCUCUAUAUAGAAGAUGAGCUAGAAGAUGGGCUACGAGAAGAUGCUUCUGAGCUUGCUGCCUCACGAAGCGGGUCACAAAGGCGAGCGACGCCGAAAGCAGUCAACGAAAGCCGAACUGCGGAAAGCGGGUCAGACUUGGUCGGCGUCAGUUCGAAAGUAGAUGCAACGUCAACUGCAUCUUCAGGCGUUGCAGGGCAACCGGGUCCACCAACAUCUUCCAAGGGCCAGUCAACGGGACGAGCAGGAAGAGGACCAGUUGUUGAAUUAAAUGCGUCAUUAAGCCUAAGCACAGGUGGCCUGAGCUGCACAGGCAAUUCAUCCGGCGGACAGAGCCUGUUUACUGGAGUCCAACAUGUCUUCGAUGAUCUCGUUCUCAACUAUCUCGCUGUUGAGCCACUGUCCCAGUACGAACGAGCUUCCAUAGGACGAACUGAGAAAGUGCUUUUUAGGACGACGACAGAUGGGACACCACAGCUCAUGACCGCGCGAGCGUUGACUAGUUUUAUGGGUAGGCAUUUGUUGUUCCUGUUGCCGUUAGUUUUGCCUUACUCGUAACUAACAGCGCAAGCGAACACCAACGCCCAACCUCUAAUGGUUGGCCAACAUGCCUGGCCGGAGCUAGCGGGCGAGACGCUACUCCUGAUAGCCUGCGGGGAUCGACGGCUUACGCUAGUACAUUGGCCGCCGGUGACAGAAGCACUACUGUAGAUUACACUGUAGCUGCGCAAGUGGAGUCUUCCUUCACACGCGUCCUUCUGGACAGGAUGAUGCAUGUGCACGGUUCAGCCGGCCCCGGGUCAAACCAAUCUACGCCGACGCAUCACGACAGCACGCCAGGAGCACGCGGACGGCGCGAGCGGGCCGAGCUUUUGCUGCCUUUAGCUUUGCGAAAUCAGUUGCCCCUCUUAACAAACUCGUGGCACGACUUCUACGCCGCACGAGAGAGUCCGAGUGUCGAUUUCCCGUCUCCAAGGCGAUGUACGGC